AUGGCCGCCCAGGUGGUUUUCAGGGGCUUUGCCAACCCCAGAGGACUGGCCGUGGCUGUGGCCCUUCAGGAGCCGAUCGCCAGACCUGUCUUCUCAGGCACCUCUGGGUGGGUUGAAGCCGCCGUGGACUUCAAGUUCAACCCGAUCAAUCUGCGCCUCAUCUUGGUGAGCGGGAAAACCAAAGAGUUCCUGUUUUCCCCCAACGACUCCGCGUCGGACAUCGCCAAGCACGUGUACGACAACUGGCCGAUGGCUUUGAAACUUCCUUUUGGCAAAACCACAGUGAUGCACUUGGUGGCCCGAGAGACGCUGCCUGAGCCAAACUCCCAAGGUCAGAGGAAUCGGGAGAAGACGGGCGAGAGUAACUGCUGCGUGAUCCUGUAG